AUGUUUCGAAUCCUUGAAUCGCAAGCUCCGGCCAAACAAACGGCAACGGAUACAAUCGAUGUUUUGAGCAGUAGGUUGCAGAGUGCAACCUUGUUGGAGGAUCGGCGUGCAGCGAUCCAGGGUCUGAGAAGCUUCGCGAAGCUCUAUCCUGCAUCGGUAGCUUCGGGAGGUCUCCGAUCGUUGAUCGGCUGCUUGCACAAUGAUCGGGAAGAUGUGGACACCAUCAAAGUGGUCCUUGAGACCUUGUUGAUGCUGUUUACUCCGGAGGAGACAAGUCCCGAAGCGUCAGAUGAGAUUGCUCUUUGGCUGGCAGAUGAAUUCACUCAGCGUCAAGAUAAUAUCACUAUUCUGCUGGACUUACUCGAGGCUCGUGACUUCUAUUCGCGCCUGUACUCUCUACAAUUGAUGUCCCAAAUCUGUAGUGCCAGGCCGGAAAGAACACAAGAGUGCAUCUUUACAGCACCAUUGGGUAUUUCAAGGCUAGUGAACGUGCUUACGGAUAACAGGGAACCUGUUAGAAAUGAGGCUCUCGUUCUGCUCAUCGCCUUGACGCCCUCUUCAGAAGAGCUACAGAAGCUUGUCGCAUUCGAGAACUCGUUUGAGAUCAUAUUUUCUUUGAUUGAAGCGGAGGGCGCCCUGACCCUUGGGACUGAAGUGGUCGAAGAUUGUCUCACAUUGCUCGCCCAUCUCCUCAAGUUCAACGUUUCCAACCAGUCGUUCUUUCGCGAGACUGGGUGUGUGAAGAAGGUGACGAAGCUUCUUCUCGAAUGCCAACUAGAGCCAGCUCAGGCUGAAGAUGCUCCCCCACAAUGGACCAUUGUUCACAGAGACAAGAACGUCUGGGGUCUUCUCGCCAUCAUUCAACUAUUCCUUAUCCGUGGUGGCGUGGGGACGCCCAUGAACCAGACGGCUUUCUGGCAGAAUGGCGUAACGGAACAGGUUCUCAGCAUAGCCUUCGGCCAGAAGUUCAGCGUCAACGUUACCUCCAAGGCCUUGGCAACCUGUGCCGAUCUUAUCCGUGGGAACUCGCCAUUGCAGGAGAGCUUCGGGGAUAUUGAGGUCCUGUGGGGCUCCCAAGCACCAAGGGAUACGACUGCCAAUGGUCAUGCGGAGGAACCAGAACGGAUCAAUGUCAUUGAGGCAUUCCUGAAGCUCAGCCUUCAGCCUUCUCCCAAUAGUAUGUUGGAUGCACGUCUUGCCGCCUGUGAAUGCAUGAAAGCAUUCUUUGCCCAUCAUCCUGGGAUUCGCAUGCAUGUUCUUAGACGUGCUAUCGAAGGCCACGUUAGCGGGCAAGAUCGAAUUCCCAACAUUCUAUCUGUCCUGCUCACAGCACCAGACGCGAGAGGUAAUGCCGAUCCCUAUCAAGUUUGGAUGGCGUCUGUUCUGUUGUUCCAUCUGAUUUUCGACGAUGCCGAGGCAAAGGCGACGGCCAUGCAGGUUACAGAGGGCGAUGCUGAAAGUGGAGAAGAGGUCAUAACCAGUGUCCAAUCGGUGGUUGGGAACUUGAUCACUGGGUUACAACGUGGUGACGAUGAAAGGAUCACCGUGGGCUAUCUAAUGUUACUCUGCGGCUGGCUUUUCGAAGAUCCGGACGUUGUGAAUGACCUUCUCGUUGAAGGCAGCAGCAUCCAGACACUCUUGCAGGAGAUCAAGCACCAAAGAACUCCCAGCAAGUUGAUACCCGGUCUUUGCACAGUUCUGUUGGGAAUUAUUUACGAAUUCUCAACAAAGGAUUCCCCUAUCCCACGAGUCACAUUGCACAAGCUGCUCAUUGAGCAGCUUGGAAGAGAACAAUACAUUGACAAGAUCACAAAGCUGCGAGAAUGUCCCUUGGUCCGUGACUUUGAGGUCUUGCCGCAAACUGCUGCCGGGCAAGUUGACGGACUGCCCGAAGUUUUCUUCGAUCGCUCAUUUGUUGAGUUCCUCAAGGAUAAUUUCAGCCGCUUGAUUCGAGCCAUCGACCGCGAGCCGGGCUUCGAGGUCUCUGUUGUUGCCAAUGGCGUUGAAAAGGGUGUUUCACGAGACCUUGUAGACUCCUUGCGUGCGGAGUUGGAAGAUCGAAGCGAAACAAUCCAAAAGCUGGAAUCUGAUCUCGUCACUAUACAACGGAAACUUGACCAAGAACACCUGGAUCACCGAAAGACGAAAGAAUCAGGGUCAGUUGAACUAUCCAAAGCCCAGCAGGCACUCCAGUCCCUUCAGUCGUCACAUGGACAGGAGGUGUUCAAGCUAGAAGAGCAGCAUAAACAAUCAAGGAACGAGCUACUCAAAAAACAUGGGGAACAACUUCGUGCCAUCGAUAACCAGCUCAAGCAGGCAUCGGCUGAAUAUGAGCGAAAAUCCACAAAAGUACAAGAACAUCAUAAGCAAGAAGUUGCUGGGAUGCAAAAGACCAUUCGUGGACUGGAAUCAGAGCUCUCGAAGGCUCGGGAACAGCAUGCUGGUGAAGCUGCUGCUCUGAAACGGAAAAUUCAGGAUUUGGAGUCUGCCAUCAGCCGGUCAAAGGAAUCCAAUGCAGGCCAAGUUGCGGAUCUUCAGCACAGGCUUCAAAGUCUGGAAUCCGCCCUUGCCUCCACUAAGGGACAACACAAUUCCGAAGUUACCGGUUUCAAGAACACGAUCGGAUCAUUGGAAUCUAAUCUGGCUGCUGUGAAGACACAGCAUGAGGCUGAGAUUGCUGAUCUCAAGCAGUCUCUCGCGACCGCCAAGUCAGACCUUGAGAGCGUCCAAGAAAAGUCUACAAAGGACGCUGAAGAAUUGAAGCAGGAUUUCUCUUCUAAGAUGUCUGCGUUGGAAGCUCGCGCUGCGGAUGCCGAGCGGAAGGCAGAAGAGGCUGAAUCACAAGCCUUGGAAAAGUCAACAAAGGACAUUCAAGCAGCCAAUGAAGGGGCCUCAUCCAAGAUCUCGGCAUUGGAGGCUCGCGCUGCUGAGGCCGAACGGAAGGCAAAGGAAGCCCAAUCGCAGGCCCAGAGCGCAGCUGCAGCACUCAAGGAGAUCAAAGCCCAACUUGAAAAGGCUCAGGCAGAGGCCAAUGAUAAGGAAGAAGCCCGCCAAGCAACCCAAACUGAAUUGGAUGACCUCCUGAUCGUCUUUGGAGACCUAGAGGCUAAGCGAGAAGAAGACAAGAAACGGCUCAAGGACCUUGGCCAAGAAGUUUCCGAAGCUGAAGACGACGAUGAAGAUGAGGACGAGGACGAAGAUUAA